AUGGCGGUAGCCGUGCAACCAGCGAUCGACACGCUCUCUCCUCCUCCCGUCGGUGCCGCCUUCUCUUCCUCUCACGAGCCUCUACCAGCCGAAUCAGUCACGCCACCAACGGCAUCAAACCCGCCACCAGUUGUACGGGACUCGCAAACUGCAGUGUCGCACUCCCCCGCCCAGCCCGUCCACUCCAGCAUUCGCAUUAGCGACGAGCGACAGCUGCUCGCCCAUGGUCGCGUGGUGCUGAGCGACGUGCCGCCGUCGCUCGUGCUCACGCCGCACGCGGGGGGAUCGGGGAAUUCGGGUGAGGGGGAGGCGAAGGCGCAGGGCGUGUUUCUGGGGAGUCGGUUCCGCGAGGCGCACAGCUGGCACGUGUUCCGCCUGGGCGCGCUCAGGGGCGCGCGGUUCCUGUGCUGCUUCCGCUUCAAGCUCUGGUGGAUGACGCAGCGUGUGGGCAGCAGCGGCCGCGAGGUCCCCGUGGAAACGCAGUUCCUGCUGCUCGAGCUCCCCCCACAGCAGCAGCAGCAGCAGCCGCAGCAGCACGCAUCUGCAGAGGCGGGCGGCAGCGCGAGUGCGAGUGCGAGGGUGUACGUGGUGGUGCUGCCGCUGCUGGACGGGUCCUUCCGCGCAGCGCUGCAAGGCUCGCCCUCCGACGACCUCGAAGUGUGCCUCGAGAGCGGCGACCCCCAGGUGUGCACGGAUGAGUCACUGCACGCAGUGUACAUGCACAGCGGCACCAACCCCUACUCCAUUAUCUCCGACGCUGUCAAGGCGGUGGAGCAGCACACGGGUUCGUUCCUGAGGCGGGAAGUGAAGCAGCUACCAGGGCUGCUGGAUUGCUUUGGGUGGUGCACGUGGGACGCAUUCUACACCAAGGUGGACGCGCACGGCGUCAAGCAGGGGCUCGCCAGUCUAGCAGCAGGCAACACGCCAGCCAAGUUCCUAAUCAUCGAUGAUGGAUGGCAGUCAGUGGCGGCUGACUCACAUGAGGACUCCAGUGCCACCAUCACCGUCGGCACACAGUAUGCGAGUCGCCUCACAGACCUCAAGGCCAACUACAAGUUCAAGCAGCAGCAGCAGAAGCAGCAGGAGGAGCAGGAAGGGGAGGAAAAGGAGGGUGAAGGGCGGCCGGAGGAGGGGCAGGGAGAUGAGGGGGCGAGUGCGCUGGGCGAGGCAGCGGGCAUGGUGCAUGGGCUGGGGCAGGUGGUGCGCGAGGUGAAAGCCGCUCAUGACCUCAAGUACGUGUACGUGUGGCAUGCCUUAAUGGGCUACUGGGGCGGCGUGCGCCCCCACGCGACCAGCAUGCAGCAGUUCGACCCGGCACUCGUCUUCCCAGUCCCCUCCCCCUCCAUCCUGCUCAACCAGCCCGACAUGGCCCACGACUCCCUCACCCUCAACGGGCUGGGCGUCGUCAGCCCCGCCAAGGUCUUCCAUUUCUACGACGCGCUGCACGGGUAUCUGGCGGCUUGUGGAGUGGACGGGGUGAAGGUGGACGUGCAGAAUAUUCUGGAGACGCUGGGCGCGGGGUAUGGGGGGCGGGUGGCAUUGGCGCGAGGGUACCAUGAGGCGCUGGAGCGGAGCGUGGCGAAGAACUUUGAGGAGAACGGGGUGAUCGCUUGCAUGAGCCACAACACCGACGGGCUCUACUCGGCGAAGCAGACAGCAGUGGUGCGGGCGUCUGAUGACUUCUGGCCCACCGACCCCGCCUCACACACUGUGCACAUCGUCUCCGUGGCGUACAACAGCCUGUUUCUGGGGGAGUUCAUGCAACCUGACUGGGACAUGUUCCACUCGCUGCAUCCAGCAGCGGAAUUCCAUGCAGCAGCGCGGGCUGUGGGGGGAUGCGCCGUCUAUGUCAGCGACAAGCCAGGGCAGCAUGACUUCAGUGUGCUGCGCAAGCUGGUUCUGCCUGACGGAUCUGUGCUGCGCGCCAAGCUGCCCGGCCGACCCACCAGGGACUGCCUCUUUGCUGAUCCUGCCCGGGACCACACCAGCAUGCUCAAGAUAUGGACGAUGAACGCGUGCAGUGGCAUGGUGGGCGCAUUCAACUGCCAGGGCGCGGGGUGGUGUAGGGACGGCCGCAAAUACACCAUGCAUAACCCCGACCCUGAUGCCGUUACUGGGACUGUUGCUGCUGCCGACGUGGACCUGCUUGCUGACGUGGCGGCCGGCGACUGGACGGGAGACGUGGCGGUGUUUUCGCAUAAUGCAGGCGAGUUGGUGCGGUUACCAGCAGACACAUCGCUUGUGGUGCACCUGCACCGCCUCGAGUUUGAGCUCUACACUGUCGCCCCCAUCACUGUGGUGGGAAGCGUGUCAGUGGCGCCGAUAGGCCUCACCAACAUGUACAACUCGGGGGGUGCUGUGCUGUCCAUGCGCAGCAGCACCAUCAGUGGUUCUCGCCCUUGUGCCACCAGCCCAGAUGCUGCAGGUGCAGGUUCACCGAAUAUAGACACGACAGAGAACCACACAAAAGCAGCAAGAGAAGCAGAUGCGAGGGAGCCGGGAGCAAGCGCAGCUGAAGGGACAGUGGAGGUGGAAAUGAGGGGAGGGGGCAGCUUUGUGCUGUAUGCGUCGAAGCAGCCUUUGUGGUGUACAGUGGACGGGGCAGAUGCAGAGGUUGCAUACACGCCUGAUGAUGGCCGGGCAGCCGUGCAGGUGCCAUUCAGGGCAGGUGCUACCUCCUUGCUCAGAUUCGCCUGGUGA